AGCCAUUAAACGUGUUAUAUAUAAGUAAACGUUGUGUCACCUUACCGUGUUUAUUUUAUCGCUGAACUCAGUUCCUAUUAAGGACAAGGUGAAGGUGAACUGUAGCCCACAUAGGCUACAGCUUCAUACGUGCAUCAGGCUACUAGCAUAACAUAACAUGGAUACGUAAACAAUUCGAAUCUCAGUAUUCCCCUGCAAGGACUCGUCUCGUGUUAUAGCCUAAUCAGCUGUGUGGGGCUUUUGAUCUCACGUUUGAUCUUUCUUCUUGGGCUCAGCCAGUUUACGAGGAAAAACUCUUGACCUGGGAUGGAUUAAAGAGUUCACGUCUCAUUUUGUAAAGAUUUGCUUAUCUUUAGUACUCAUUUAUUUAUUUCGGGAUAAAUUAAGAUAAAUGAUCACGGACUCCCUUACAAAUGAAGGGAGACACGGGACUGGGACUUCGGGGGUGGGUCCGAGACACGUUUCAUCUGGCGUUCCCCCAUAUCAGAAUAAUCUACCCUACAGCUCCUGCCAGGCCCUACACACCGAUGCGAGGUGCUCUGUCCAACGUGUGGUUUGACCGCCACAAGAUCUCCAGGGACUGUCCAGAGCACCUGGAUUCUGUGGACGGCAUGUGUUCCACUCUUGGAUCCAUCCUCCAGGACGAGAUCCAGGCUGGCGUUCCCAAACACAGGAUAGUAAUCGGUGGGUUCUCCAUGGGUGGAGCCAUGGCACUGCACCUGGCCUGUAGGUACCACCCAGAAGUGGGUGGAGUCUUUGCUCUAUCCAGCUUCCUGAAUAAAGACUCCGUCGUCUAUCAGGCGGUGGAGGAGCGUCGGACGCGGGCGCUGAGUCUGCCGGAGCUGUUCCAGUGCCACGGCUCGAGCGACGAUCUGGUGCUGCACGAGUGGGGCGAGCAGACGAGCGCCCAGUUGAGGCGGACGGGCAUGAGCGUGUCCUUCCACACCCUGCCGGGCCUCCAGCACCAGCUGUGCGCCCCUGAGCUGGAGCUCCUGCGCGCCUGGCUGCUCCGCAAACUGCCCCCGGUGGAGCACGCAGACCAGGGUGCGGACGCACGCUAGUCGGGGGAGGAGACCGGACAGGACACACACGCAUACGCACACACACACACACACGCACACGCACACACGCACACGCACACACGCACACGCACACUCACACACGCACGCACGCACACACACACACGCACGCACACACGCACACACACACACGCGCACACACACACACACACACACACACACACACACACACACACACACACACACAUACACACACACACACACACACACAUCAGCAUGCUACUCCCACACAGUCAUACCAGCACAAUCACAUAAGCAGUGUGAAUACGCACAAAUAAACAUGCACAGCUGAUGGAUCAAGAAAAGCUCAAGUAAGGGAAUCAAAUGUCUAACACGGAGUUGGGUUAAAUCAGAGGACGUAAUUUACAGAUUUACUGAUUCACUGCCCUCAACAUCCCAAAGUCUUACCCGCAGUGACUCGACUGACCAUGUUAACAAACCCACUCUGAAACUCUUUCCUGCAUGCCUGAUUUUGGAAAGAAUGUAGACUAGAAUGUAAACAUAUACUGUAGGAUGUAAUUUAUGUUGUUUGAAAAAUCUAUAUUUACCCUAAAUAUUGUGCCAAUCUAUGCAUAUUAUAUUAUAUUAUAUUAUAUUAUAUUAUAUUAUAUUAUAUUAUAUUACAUUAUACAUGUUUUGUCUAUGCAUUGUGUUUUAUGUAUUAAUUGCAUCAUGCAGUCACUUAUAGUUUUCAGACAUGAAAAUGAAAAUGAAUGAAAGUGUGGUUGUUAUGGGAAAGAAGCCAUUACCUGUAGAAUGCAAGGAAUUAUUGGGGCUCACAUAUUGAACUUCUAUUCUAUUUUCCGAACAAGAGUCAGCUCUCUCAUAAUCGUUACAUGGUAAUUGACCUUUAAUGUGUUUGACUGACUUUUUUUUUUUAUAUAUCUAAACUGUAAAGAUGGUCAUGUCAAUAAAAUGUCCUAUUUGUGUGAA